AUGAAGUAUGCAAACAUUCAAAUACCUCCCAGCGAGGAAGACGGCGUUACAUUCCCAAAACUGAACAAUGUUGUCACGAUCGAGAAUUGCUUCUAUUACAUCUCAUUAAUGGAGCGGUUCCUCCAAUACAAGAGCACCUUGGGACCUGAUCUUGUUAAAAUAAUGCUUUCCCGUGCCGAGGUGCGCUAUACACGUUGGCUACGAUAUAUCCAGGACCAAUACAAAGCAAGCCAAGAACCCGAGAUAAUUCCGCCCCCUUUAGACGUUGCUUACAUGUGGCAUGCCCAUAUGCUUAGUCCUUUCCGUUAUUUUGAAGACCUUGCACGUAACGUUCAAUUUCAAUCUUUCAAAGCAGACUUCCCGUUGAAACUUUUGCAUACCAAUGGAUUGAUGCCAGAGCCAAGUGCGAAAGAUCUUCAAGUUUGGAAAGAGCUUUAUGGUGAUGAUGAGCCAUAUAAUCUUACAGCCGACAAUGUGAGCAAGGGCGAUUUCACUAUGGAGUGUAGCUUCUGCAACAAGGACAUGAUUUGUUCAUGGCCGCAAUACACCAAUUGGCGUUUUGAUCCCAACGUGAGCAUCCAAUGCCACCAUUGUCAUGAAGAAACAACCGUAUACACCGUCUCACUAAGGAAUUUUGCAGUGGAUGUAGAACGUACAGGAUGUCGACUAGCCGGCACAUUGCUUAGACGUAAUGGAUCAUUGCGUUUGAUAGAUUAUCCUGAAUCUCGCGCCAUGGACCAACUUGUUGAAAUCGGCAAGAGAUUAUAUCCCACAACGGGUCUCUUUGAUCCGAAGGACUCGAUCGAUGACUUAAUAGAAAAGAUCGAAGCUUGUUCAAAGGAGAAGGAUUGCACCUUCCCUCACCUCACAACUCGCAUUGUUGGUUGCAUUCGAUCGGCUUACCAUGGCAACCCAUCUCCAUUUUCUAUCGACUUGAUUCAGGCGGUUGGGCGACAGCAUGACUUUAAUCAUAAGGCAACACAAGUAGUCAAUUGGCAGGUUCCCUUUGGUAUUGGUCGCGGCAUUCGGCAAUACUACAAGUUUCUUACUAUGAUGAGGCGUCAUCGUGGCGAAAUAUUGGUGCCCACUCUCGAGAUUGAUCUUGCAUGGCACACCCAUAUGCUUCACCCACAAAAGUACCGAGAAUACACAUUACAGCGAGUGAGGCAGUAUGUCAAUCACGAUGACAAUAUCGAUCCCGUCCAAUUGGCCAAAUUUGAAGCGACAACCAACAAAUUAUGGAAGAAAAGCUACAAGGGCAAGAACUUGCUUAAUGACAAGGAUAACGAUCAGCCAAUGGAUGACGGUGGAGGAAGAAGUUUGUUUAACAAAAUCAAAGGAGCAGUGCUCGCCGACGAUCCAGGUGAUUUUGUUUAUGGAAAUCUUCCAGAUGGCAUUGUCAUCGUAGCACCAGGUGAAACGGAUUUGCAUCUUGAUUCAAGUUGUCAUGAUCGACGAAACGUGGGAGCGCUUUAUCAAAUUUAUCGUGAAUCGGCUGAUGCACAAGCUACCACGUAUGACGCUGUUCAAGGCACUGGCUACGGCUACAUUGGCAAGAUCAAUUGUGCAGCAUCAAACAUUGGUACCGAUGAAACGAAUAAGACUAUAAACGAAUCCUCAGCACCUGACAAAGAAGUAUACUGGCACAAAGAUAUGCGACUAUCCUCAAAGAGCAUUUGGGUCGUGGCCCGUCAUACCAAGCUGACAACUGGAUCAGAGAAAACCACCAUAAGCCCUGAAGUAGCCAGUCAAUUGGGUGAGCUUACUAGCUACGGUGGUAACAACAAAGGCGGCUGUGCUGGUGGUGGAUGUGCUGGUGGCGGCUGUGCUGGAGGACCGGGUAUUCCUUUCCAAGGCUAUGUGUCUGGUGCCUUUUAA